AUGUUAGCACGUGCCACCAACCGGGUUCAUGUCUGCCUGCGGUGCCAGAGAAAUCUAGCCAGGGCCAGCCUCAAUCCGCUGGGGACUGCAGCAUCGAUCUGCAGUCGUGUGCAACGACGAUGGCACGGUGUAGCGGCACACCAGCUACCACACGAAGAAGUCGACGAAGACCACACGCAUCCUCCUCCUCCUCCUCCUCACCCUGAAAAUGAUUUAAAAUCCCAACCAACAACGCCCCCUCGGCCCAACUUUCGACGUCACAAUUUUCGAAAAUGGAAACCCAAACCCACCGCGCAACUUGGGGUCAAUUCCCUCGGUACGCCUGCGGAGGUGUUGCUGCUACCUACGCGCGAUCGACGAAUACCCGAAGUCCCCAAGGAUGAAGGAACGGGCAAAAUGCUGGGCAGCACAUUGGAGGAGUCCAUCAACUCGGAGAGUGCCCCCUUGAGUGGACCGAAGUUGGUAGAGAACAUCGAACACGUUCGCUCUCUCGUGGGCAAGAUGCGCGGGCAGCUGGAAAAACACGAGUGGACGACCCUGAAGAGGCAGCUGCACACUGGGUUCCAGAAACAGCAAUUGACAAAAUAUAUUCGCUUGCGCAAAGGCAACCUCCCCGUCACCGAGGAUCUCGAGAAAUACAACAAGAGGGAAAUCAUCAAAUACUUGGUCGAAGAAGUCUGGGGCUUUACAACGCCGGUUCAGGACGAUCCCGUUUCUACCGGCAAACAGUCGAAGAUGGUCAUCGCCCUGCACGAGCCUAUCAAGUUCGACCAUCUCCUGAUACAUCCGAGUCAGCCACUGAAGAAGAUUGCCGAGGAGCUGGAUGUCCAACUUGAUGUCUAUCCGUCUCAAUACAAGAUCAGAGCCACAGGAUCCAGAUCCAACGCUCAGCAAGCCUUGCAGAGAAUCUCUCGAUAUGUAAAAAAUCUGGGACAGAUUGUUAUACCACUACAUGACACCCACCGGGACAUGUACCAGGAUCCUGCUACCAGGCAGUAUUUGACUGCGUACCUGAAAUCGAUUCAACGGAAAUACCAAGGGUUGAACAUUGGCAUGGACGAGCAAUGUAUCAGAAUCGUCCAUCUCGGGAACCAGCGCGGCGCUGACCAGGCCCGUCGCGAGAUUUUACUUUCUGUGCCAACGGGGACUACUUUGGGAGAGUCAGUCAUCUGGCCACGAAAGGUUACGUCGGCAAUUGCCCACCAACCAUUCCCUACUCCGUCUGAAUUUCCUGCGCUAUUGCAUCACACACAAUGGCUGAGGUUGGUGUCUAUCUCCCCAAGUCCGCCGACUGGGAAUGCUGGUACCCGCAAGGAGGCUGCUCUUACACCAAUUCUGCAGGGUCUCCGGGGUGCGUUCGACCCAGUCGCUAACGUUGGCAGUGAGGGUAAUCGGCAAGAACUUUACCAUAAUGUGACAGCCAAAUUUGGGCAAGCUUUGACCAAAGAGGUACUGCAGGCUGCCAACGGUGACGCUGCUAAGCGCGUUGCGGUCGAUUCACAGAAGCAGGGAAGAUAUUUUGUGGGAGGAGGGCCCUUUCUGGCACAGCAUCUCGCACUUAUGGACCCAUGGAUUGAUCCGCCAUCAAACCCUGCGAACGACAUAGACCAACAUGCGCGUGCCAUACUGCGCCUCGAACUCUCGCCUGUUCUAACCUCGACCGAUUUGCCGGCUUUCGAAAUAUUUGUCACGGCAGGUGAAGCUGUGGGGGGUCAGCGUCCUCGACUCAAGGUCGUCCGGGUGUCAGCCAUACACCAGGAGAAACAUUUUACAGUGCUGUGUCCACACACUCGUAUGGACGUCCUGCUCACGCAGCAACUCAAGCAGGACCUCGCCUACCCUGGAUCUUCCGAAACUGAUGUCGUGCAAGCGUUCAUGAAUGCCCUGCGUGUCUAUAUCGGUAAUGCGCAAGGACACGGUUCUUCGGAUUGGGUGUUUCGACCAUUUGUCACUUUGCAGGUACCAUUUGGUUUGCAAGAGGCACGUAAACAAACUCAGCAGGCCGCCGUUCUAGAUGCACGACAGGGAACUCGCAGCGGUGGAAAAAGAAAAGGCGCAAAGAGCCCUGCCGGGACUACUGAGAAGAAACAGGAAUAUAUUCUCCGAUCAGUUGAUGUUGUUGAUGUUGAUUCACGGCUUUUCUCAGUGGAGUCAGCCUCCAAAAUGCCCAAGACCAAGGCCAAUCCCAAGUCCACGUCUAAGCGUACUUCCAUGUCAACAGCAAGGUUUUGCUUGGACCACGUCACAUACACCGGCGCGGCUGGUACCAGACAAGAGCUUCGUCUAGCAGAGCGACCACUGCUGAGUCCCCCAACCUUCGCACAGCCGGAUCUGCCUGUGUUUGUGAGGGCAGCGUUGGACUUGGUGAAGAGGCUGGACAAUGACCCUAUGAAGGCCAUCCCAGCCAAGACGGCGGGCUGA